GCGAAAGUAAAAGUUUUCGUGAGUGUUCACGAAUUUGGUGUCGUGCACCGGGUCACUUCGAUAAACUGAGAGACUGCGACACAGGAAAAACACGUUUCUUCUUGGAGCGACGGCACUGGUUAUUCCAAAUCUGCUAAAGCAUCCCGGGGCAUUCGAGUUAUGGAAUAUCCGGACAGUGAUUCGGACAGUAAUGCGAACGAAGCAAACGACGAGCGCACCGUAACCCCGAAAGGCAAAAUCUGUCCCGGAAUGCCUAUAUCCGGAAUCCGGUCUGCAACUAUGGCUGGCUUAAAACGGCGAAUUGGAGAAGUCGCAGGUGGCACUUUCGCGGAUGACGAGACUUCGAAUUCCGGCGAACCGGAAAUGCAGUUGUUCGGUGAGGCGGCUCGUUCUGCAAAAAAAGACAAGGUAGCCAGGAAAGAACGCUUGAAGGUUCCACCAAAAAAACCUGAGGAUGGCAUCUUCAAAAAGAAAGAGCAAUCCCACACUUCACGACGGGGGAAACCGGCGGCCGACAAGAAAGAGCUGCUGCACGGAAUCAAGAUAUCGCUCAACACCAAAGGCGCGGAUAAAAUGGAGCUUUUUCCGGGCGCCGCUCGUUACCUUCCUCGCGGGAGAUUGAUGAAUUUCAAGGCCCACUGGCAUCGUAGCCACCCGAUGACCGACGCCGUGAAUCUAGCAUGUAUGAUCUUCGGAACGACCGAAAACAUUCUGCUUUUGUUUGACGGAGCGCAUUUUGGCCUGAAAGCGGCGCUCGGAGCUGACGUAGUGCGCGAUUUGCCGGCAUUUAUCAACAGCGAACAUCCGGGUAUCGUCUCUGGAAGCCAAGAAGCAGUCAAGGAGGAACUGUUGUACAAGGCAUUUAGUCGCAAAGUGUGGUACCUGCGCACGGGACCGAAGACCGGCACAAAAGAUUCGACUCCGGAGCUCUGAAGCUGUACAUAGUGCGAUAGCGUUUAGAAAACGCUGAAUUAUCAUAAUCUGUGCGGCAAUGUAUUUCGUGCAACUGCUUUUCUAUUAAUUUCAAACUUUUGCCGGCACGUUGCAAUUUUCUUGAAUUUCACACUUUGGUAAUGCAUAUAUAUGCUAAUAAGCACAUAUUAUCUCUUCGCCCUUGGAUUAUUUCUUUCUUGCAUUUAUGUUGCUCGAAUGCUUUUGCGCUUACUGAAACUAUUCAGUGGUCAAAGAUGGUAAGCACGCUUUUGCAUUACUGUACCGAAAAGUUGUUAUAAAGAUCCAG